AUGUCCCCCGAGCAAUACUGGCGAUCCAUCCUCCCCGACAGUACCCCUAUGCCGAUCUCCAUUUCCCAACUCCUUGGCGAUGGUUACCCUUACUCACCAGCUGUUGGAUUACCGAAGCGUGGAGACCGUGUUCAGAUUAGGUACGGUCCGAAUAUUUACGGGCUUGCAGCGUCGCAGCAGUUCUUCAAAGACCCAACCAUGGGACUCUUCUUCCUUGAGACAAACCUCCAAAGCAGCAAAAGUAUUAAACUGCACUUCGCCAACAUGAUGGCUGGCACCAAGUUUCUGCCCCGAGGCGAGGCCGACGCCGUCCCAUUCUCCUCCAAGGAUCUCCAGGAGAUCCUCGCGCGAUUCGGGGUGCGGCCGGGCUCCGUGGACGCGUCGGUGGUGAAGAACACACUGCUGGAGUGCGAGCUACCGGCGAACAAAGGCGAGAAGAAGGCUUGCGCCACAUCACUGGAGUCGAUGGUCGACUUCGUAGCAUCCAGCCUGGGGACCAGAGACAUCAAGGCCGCCUCCACCUUCCUGGUCGGCAAGGACGGGGACACUCCGGCUCAGGAGUACACGGUCACCGGCGCGCGGCGCAUGGCUGAAACUGGGCAACUCAUCGCUUGCCAUCCCGAGUCGUACCCAUAUGCUGUGUUCAUGUGCCACCUCACAGAGGCGACGAGGGCGUACAAGGCGUCGUUGGUCGGCAAAGACGGUGCGGCGGUGGAGGCGGUCGCCGUAUGCCACACCGACACGGCAGAGUGGAACCCAAAGCACGCUGCCUUCCAGGUGCUCGGCGUCAAGCCUGGGACGGUGCCGGUCUGCCACUUCGUGCAGCCUGACGUUGUCGUCUGGACCCGCCGUGGCUGAUGUACUACUGCGCCGUAAAUGUAUAACAACUAAAUCGUAGUACUACGUACCUACUGCGCCGUAGCUGUAGGAAAUACUUAA